AUGGAUACUUCUUCCUCCUCCUCGACACUGCCGCAAGUAAUCAUUCUCCCCGGCAACGGAUGUGAACAUCCAGAAUCGGCCAUAUGGUAUCCGUAUGUAGCAUCAAAGCUACGCAGUGCUAUUCACUGUGAAACACGUGAGAAGCUGUUUCCAGGUGGGGUUGUGUUGAGACAGUUUCCAGAUUUUUACGUCGGAAGAGAAACUAUUUGGAUGCCUUUCCUGGAGAAGACUUUGAAUGCAGGAGCUGAGCAUGUGUUGAUUGGACAUUCUACCGGGGCUGUGGCGGCGCUCAGAUACCUCGAGUCUCAUCGUGUCUUGGGUGUGGCUCUUGUAUCUGCUUAUCAUACGGAUCUUGACGAACCUAACGAGCGUGCAGCAGGAUAUUUUUCCAGACCUUGGGAUUGGUCAAAAAUAUCGCAGAACGCAAAAUGGAUAACUCAAUUCAGCAGCAGUGAUGACUACUCGGUUCCAAUCGCCGAACAAAGGCACGUUCAUAAUCAAAUUAAAUCGCACUACCGCGAGUUUACAGAUCGUGGCCAUUUUACGGGCAGUGGAGAGUUUCCCGAACUCGUCGACACGGUUUUGGAAUUCAUGAAUGGCGUUUUGCCAGAGAAUGAGUAA